CACAAGCAAACAAUAGGAUUGCUACAAAAGCACACUGUUUCAACACACAGACACACAGUGGGGAGGGUGUUUAUAAUUAAAGUUUGCAUUGCCCUCUUUCUUGGAUUUUGGUGUUUUCUCCCUUUGGGAGCAGAAAAAGCAAAAAGACUAGUCAUCAGACUACACAGUAGCCUUAGACUGUUGUCUACUGUAUUUGUUUUUCUCUGUUUCCCAACAAAUUUUUCAUUUUCUUUUUCAAUUCAAUUUCUCUCUUUUUUUUAGGUCUUCUGGUUUUGUAAGCAAUUCUGUCUUCUGUCCUAAAGGCUAAAACCACCCUCUCUCUCAUCAUCAUUUAUCUUCCAUCAUCCCAUCCAUAUACUAUCUCUGUAUAUUUGAUGAAUUAACACAGUACACAGUAAAGGCAGCAGUAGCAACAGCAACAACAAACGUCAAUUUUCAAUAUUUCUCUUUCCAAAUUUCACUUUCUCUCAAAUUCUCGAGAUCGGAGACUUUAAGAUAAAAAGGACCAAGAGAGGGACACCAUUGAAAUUUUUCUUUCGGCUUUACUAUUUCAGCUUCAAAGUUCAAACCCUUUUGUUUUUCUUCUUUAUUUCUCAUUUUGCAGUGGAAAAAGAUCAAAUCUUUCAUGACUCAGAGAGGUGGCUCUCUUUGAAGGAGAGAGCCAGCCUGUUCAUGCAUCCUAGGAAUAAUAAGAAAAGCCCACCAUUUUUAAGCUAAAAAAUCUCAGUACUGUCUGCUGUAUUUCUUGUUGUAAAAACCCAGUUAUAAUCAGGAGCUGUUAAGUAGAAUAAAGUCUUUUCUCUCGUUGCUGUACAAAUUCUGGUUGUGGGUUCUGGUUGUUUAUGUCUCUUUCUAUGAAUAGAGACGCAAUCUUUGGUGGAAGCAGCAAAAAUAUGGAUAAUGGCAAGUACGUUAGGUACACGCCGGAGCAAGUUGAGGCCUUGGAAAGGGUCUAUGCUGAAUGCCCUAAACCCAGUUCUCUGAGGAGGCAGCAGCUCAUUAGGGAAUGUCCCAUUCUCUGCAACAUUGAGCCUAAACAGAUCAAAGUCUGGUUUCAGAACAGAAGAUGCCGCGAAAAGCAAAGGAAGGAAGCUUCUCGGCUUCAGACUGUGAACAGGAAGCUAAAUGCCAUGAACAAGUUGCUGAUGGAGGAGAAUGACCGCUUACAAAAGCAAGUCUCCCAUUUGGUCUAUGAGAAUGGUUUCAUGCGCACUAAGAUACAAACUGUAAGCGCAACGACCACAGAUGCAAGCUGUGAGUCUGUGGUCAUGACUGUUCAGCAGCAACAAACUAACCCAACACCUCAGCAUCCACGAAAGGAUGCUAAUAACCCAGCUAGUCUUCUCGCUGUUGCUGAGGAGACCCUGGCAGAGUUCCUUGGUAAGGCUACUGGAACUGCUGUCGACUGGGUCCAGAUGAUUGGGAUGAAGCCUGGUCCGGAUUCUAUUGGCAUUGUUGCAGUGUCCCGCAACUGUAGUGGGGUAGCUGCACGUGCUUGCGGUCUUGUGAGUUUAGAGCCCACAAAGGUCGCAGAAAUUUUCAAAGAUCGUCCUUCUUGGUUUCGGGACUGCCGAUGCCUUGACAUACUUAGUGUAGUUCCUGCCGGAAAUGGAGGGACAAUCGAGCUUGUUUAUAUGCAGACUUACGCGCCUACCACUUUGGCAUCUGCUCGUGAUUUUUGGACAUUAAGAUAUACAACUAGCCUGGAAGAUGGCAGUCUUGUGAUUUGUGAAAGGUCUCUCACGUCUUCUACUGGUGGCCCAACUGGUCCUCCAUCUACUUGCUUUGCUAGAGCUGAAAUGCUACCCAGUGGAUGUCUGAUACGCCCUUGUGAGGGUGGUGGCUCCAUCGUUCACAUAGUUGAUCACAUUGACUUGGAUGUUUGGAGUGUCCCUGAAGUUCUGAGACCUCUUUAUGAAUCAUCCAGGAUCCUUGCACAGAAGAUGACGAUGGCGGCUUUACGACAUGUACGCCAAAUUGCUCAGGAAACGAGUGGGGAAAUUCAGUACAGUGGUGGACGUCAGCCUGCUGUCUUGAGGGCAUUAAGUCAGAGAUUGUGCAGGGGAUUCAAUGAUGCUGUUAAUGGCUUUAUGGAUGAUGGAUGGUCAAUUAUGGGCAGUGAUGGUGCAGAUGAUGUAACUAUAGCUGUCAAUUCAUCACCAAGCAAAAUCCUUGGUUCCCAGUAUAGUACUCUGUCUAUGCUUCCCAGCUUUGGGGGAGUAAUGUGUGCAAAAGCAUCUAUGCUCCUUCAGAAUGUUCCUCCUGCCUUGCUUGUUCGUUUUCUGAGGGAGCACAGAUCUGAGUGGGCUGAUUAUGGUGUGGAUGCGUAUUCUGCUGCUUCUCUGAAAGCUAGCCCUUUUGCAGUUCCAUGUGCAAGACCUGGUGGCUUUCCUAGUACCCAAGUCAUUCUACCUCUUGCUCAGACUGUGGAACAUGAGGAGUUUCUGGAGGUUGUUCGAUUGGAGGGUCAUGCUUAUUCCCCAGAAGAGAUUGCUCUAUCACGUGAUAUGUAUUUAUUACAGCUAUGCAGCGGGGUUGAUGAAACUGCUGUUGGUGCCUGUGCUCAGCUAGUUUUUGCUCCCAUAGACGAGUCCUUUGGAGAUGAUGCACCGUUGCUGCCGUCUGGCUUUCGAGUUAUUCCGCUGGAUGCUAAAUCAGAUGCACCUGGGACUUCUAGGACUCUGGAUUUAGCUUCCACGCUUGAAGUGGGAACUGCUGGAGCACGCUCAACUGGUGAUGCUGACUCCAAGAACCAGAACCAUAGAUCGGUUUUAACUAUUGCAUUCCAGUUCACUUUUGAGAAUCACUAUCGUGAGAAUGUGGCUGCAAUGGCCCGUCAGUACGUUCGAAGCAUUGUAGCCUCUGUUCAGAGAGUUGCUAUGGCCAUUGCACCUUCGCCACAUAGUUCCCACCUGCUACCAAAGGUGUCUUUACCUGGUUCGCCAGAAGCCAUUACUCUGGCACGAUGGAUAUGGAGGAGUUACAGGUUGCAUACUGGGGGAGAGCUUCUUCAUGUGGAAUCUCAUGGAAAUGACCAUAUCCUGAAGCAGCUGUGGCAGCAUUCUGAUGCUAUAAUGUGCUGCUCUGUAAAAUCAAAUGCAUCUGCAGUGUUCACAUUUGCAAAUCAGGCUGGUCUAGACAUGCUGGAAACGACUCUCGUGGCUCUUCAAGAUAUUAUGCUUGACAAGAUCCUUGAUGAUGCUGGUCGAAAGAUGCUUCUUUCUGAGUUCUCUAAGAUAAUGCAGCAGGGCUUUGCUUACUUGCCGGCAGGAGUGUGUGUAUCUAGCAUGGGCAGGCCUAUAUCAUAUGAACAAGCGGUAGCAUGGAAAGUUCUCAAUGAUGAUGAUUCCAAUCACUGCUUGGCUUUCAUGUUCAUGAACUGGUCUUUUGUGUGACAAAAGGUCUGACGCUGGAAGCUGCAGUGAGCUGAAUGUUCCUAGAAUGUUAAGUUAUUUACCUUUUACUUUGGUGAACUUUUGCGAGUUGUUUAAAACAUGGUAAUUUAGCCCCACUAGGGGUUCCUAAACACUUAAAAAACUUAUGUGUCCUAAUGUUGUCAACUUACCUGAAGUUUGCUACUUAACUUUUUCGAAUGUAUUAGUACUUUGUAUUACCUAAUAAUUACCAUCUGCCGUGCUGUCAUGCCAUUUUCUUUGCGUAGAAUGUGCACGAGCUCAGAUUAUGAGCUCAGAUGCUCAACCGUGUGUUAUCUACCAAUGAGCUAAAGAAAAUCUCUACAAGGAACUUUCCCGAUAUGGCUGUGGGGGGCAUGCCGUUGUUUUUUUCUGUUGUGUAAUUACAAUGAAAUAGUCAAUACAAGGGUCGGAGGUGAAUAUUGGAAC